AUGACGACCAAGUACGUGAGCCACGAGGUACGCGACAAGUUCUUCCAGGCGCAGCGCGCCGUCGCCGCCAACAAGAUCUGCUUCGACUGCGACCGCCGCAGCCCCAUGUGGGCGACGGUCUCCUUUGGCAUCUUCAUGUGCUUGGACUGCUCGGGCUACCACCGCCGCCUCGGCGUCCACGUGUCCUUCGUGCGCUCGACCGACAUGGACGAGUGGACCGAAGACCAGCUGCUCACGAUGCAGCUCGGUGGCAACAACGAGGCCCGCAAGUUCUUCAAGCAGCAUGGCGUUACCGACAUGAUGAACAUCGAUGAAAAGUACAAGACCAAGGCCGCGACGCUCUACAAGGCGCAGCUUGCCAAGAAGGUACAGGCCGCAUCCUUUGACGCAUCGCCGUACACGACAGUGGACACGUCGAGCGCGGCCUCGGCCCCCGGCGACCUCGACGACCUUGUUAAGCUCGUCGGUGCCGGCGAAGCUGUGGCGGCGCCUGCGUACACGUUGCCGCCCGCCCCGUGCGCGCGACUGCCACGCAGCCCAAGCCUAUCGAAGCGCCCGCUACCGGCAUGCUCGAUAUCAACCGCCCGGUCGUCAUGCUCGGCGGCAACGCAAGCUCGGCGGCGGCCGCCCCGGCAAGCACCCUCACCUCCAAGCUUUCGACGCACAUCGGGAUCGACGGCCACGAAGCGCACGUCAACGCGCCUUGGCGCCACCAAGGUCACGAGCUCGUUCGACGAUUUCGAUUCGAUCCCGUUCGAGAACCCCAAGCCGUCGGUGGCCGCCGUGGCUGCGUCCAAGCAGAUUGAUGACGACGAAGCGCUGGCGCGUGCGAUUCAAAAGGCCGACGAAGAGACUUUGUCGCAGAGUCUCCAGACGACGCGCCUUGCAUCCUCCAGUGCGGCGGCGACCGAGGCCAACAAGACGUCGCUCGACAAGUACAAAAACUCCAAGUCGAUUUCGUCGGCCAACUACUUCGCUGGCGAAGAAGUCGAUGCGGACCGCGAAAAGAUCCGGCAGUUCUCGGGCGCCCAAGCCAUCUCGAGCGACAUGUACUACGGCAACGGCGAGCGUGCACGGUCGGCGUCCAUGGACGCUGCCGACGAGGCCGCGUACCAGCUCGACCAGCUCAAGUCGCAGGUGUCGGACAAGGCCGCCAAGCUCAAGACCAUGACGUCCAGCUUCUUCUCCGACUUGCAAAAUCGGUACGGCUAA